AUGUCUCAAUCCCAGCUUCCCACCACUGAGUCCUUAGCUGGCCCCAUAACAGAGCAGGCCAAGAAGGCAGACAAGGCGAAGGGCAAGACCAAGCCCAAGCCCAAGACCCUCAAGCGCGUCCUUCCGUCUGGCCCAGGCUUUCAAAUGUACCAGAACGCCGCCGGUGAGGAUAUCAAGAUCCUUGAGGAUAUGGACGAGGGCAUGGCCUUCAAGAACGCGCUCCGCGCCGUCUCUCCCAACCUCGACAAGGAGGCCGUCGACCUCGCCAUGGCCAAGCUCUUCCUCGAGGCCGACAGACUCUCUGGUCAUCAAGCCCACAUCACUGAGAGCAUCCCGGGUCUCCUUCUUCUUGCCGCCAAGCAAACCGAUUGGAUCAUUGCCGCCAAGAAAGAGAUGAAGCCCACCGUCGCUGCCAAGGUCUUGAUGGCCCUUUACGAGGGACGAAGAAUCGCCGUUAAGUUCUCCCGCUACCGACAGCACCCGAUCGAGGAUUACGCAAAGGAGACGGCCACCGCCCUCGCUAUCGACAAGUUCCGCAACGAGAAGCCCUGCGACGAGCCCGAGGAGAUCUUUGCCGACUUCACCGAUGAGCAGCGCAAGAAGAUGAUGGGCAAGAUCAUCCGACGUGAGAAGGCCGACUGGGAUGGAGCGCACGUGGAUGAGGAUAGUGACACGGAGAUGGGUUUGGACGACGCCAAGGACUUUGAGGAGGCGCAGAAAGCAGCCAAGGCGAAGCUUCAGGAGGCUCUCGAGCAGAAGAUGAAGGAGCUCGGAAUCGCGGGCACCGCUGGCUUCCUGGCUUAG